AUGGCAAGUACAGCGCUGUGUGUUGCUAAUGCAUCGGCGCCUCAGAAUCUCCGGAAAGUGCCUGGGUUUGUAGAAAAUAAAACCACACAGUGCUCAUUUUCCAUUGAAAGUAUUUUGGGACUGGAGCAGAAAAAAGAUGGCAUUCCAGCUGUGAAACCUCACAGACCAUGGAUGGAUGCAUGUGCAAGCUUGGUUCUAGGUGAUGACAGCAAUCCCCAUCUCCAAAUUCCUGUUGUUUGCUAUGAAAAUGCAUUAUUUCAUGCCAACAAUAAUCCAGUGCAAGAGGAAAAAAUUUUGAAGUGUGAAAACUAUUUUUCAGUCACUGAAAGGCUGUCCUUCAAACGAGACCUGAGCUGGUACAGGGGUAGAAGACCAAGAACUGCAUUCACUAGAAACCAGAUUGAAGUCUUGGAAGAUGUUUUUAAAACGAACUCCUACCCUGGCAUUGAUAUUAGAGAAGAGCUGGCUCACAAGUUAGAUUUAGAUGAAGACAGGAUACAGAUCUGGUUCCAGAACCGCCGUGCAAAGCUGAAAAGAUCACACCGAGAAUCUCAGUUUCUAAUGGUGAAAAAUACUUUCACUUCCAGCCUGCUAGAGUAG